ACGUUUUGAAGUUUAGUAUCCCAGAAUAUUUCAUAAAGAAGCUAUGAUAAGCCGAUGUGUUCUUUGGGCAGCAAUCUCACAGUAAUCUCACUCUCAGCUUUUUAAAAAUCAUUUAACUUUUCGAAAAUGAGAACCAUUCUAUGGAUUUUUAUUACAUUGAGUGUGGUUCAUGCUAAUAAAAGUGAAGAAGAUGAUCAAAGUCCUAAAAAUAAUUCGGUUCAUUUGGAUUGUUUUGACGUAUUUAUCCCCUUGAUUGAUCGUUUAUCGAAUGAGGCUAAAAAUGCAUCUGAUAAUUGUGUCAACACAGCUAAUGCCGACAAAGAAAGGGAAUUGACUUCAAUCAAAAACACUCGCACUGAAUUACAUUCCGAAGUUAAACGAAUUAAAGAAACUUUAACACAUUGUUCGUCAAGAAGUGAUCAUUUGGGAUAUUUUGAAUGUCUAAAUGGAAUUGUUGAAGUUGACAGAAAAAUUGUUGCAGACAUUGCAGUGAAAUCAUCUCAAUAUUCUACAAAAGUCAAACAAAUUGAAGAACAGGAAAUAAAAUGUUUUCGAAAUUCAGUUCUCUAAUUGAAAGAUAAAAUUUCAAAUGGUAUUCAUAAUUUACAAUAUUGUUUGAUGUCAGAAAAUAGUGCCGGAGAACAUUUAAGGCAUCAUGGUCAUAACAGUGUUACCGAAGCGCCCAAUGAUAUUUUGAGACGAAAUCUUUAUCAUACGACUGCAACAACAACAACUCCAUUUCCUGAAAUGAAUUACGAUGAUGACGAUUAUAAUAAUUAUUG